AUGACAAUCGAGACCCCCGAGUGGCGCCCCUUGUCGUCGCUGAGGUCCUGGGUGCCUCCACAGGACAACAGUGCCAAGUCGAUCGUGGGAUAUCGCAUCUACCGGGACAACGGUCAAGGUGGAGCAAUUGACACUCAACUAGCCUUGCUUGAUGAGACUACCUUCUCGUACAGAGAUGCCAGCCUUGUCACGGGACAAGUCUACUACUACAGGCUCAUGGCGACCAAUGGAGACGAUGGCGAACCGGUCACCAUCUCUGCUCAACCAUCAGUGCCACCUGUAAAGCCCGAUCCGGCGCUCUUGAUCAACACUGGCACAGGCAGCAUGACCUUUCGCUUCACGCCUUUGUCAGGUGCUCCUUCUGGCUGGUCACCCACCAUCCGCUACACCUUGUAUCGGAAUGAUGGUCUCGGUGGAGUCCUGCGAUUCCAAUACGAGGGCGACAUGGAUGGCACAUCGACUGUCGAACUCGUGCUGGGAGGCUUGGUGGAAGGCAGACAGUAUUUGUUCCAAACCUCGUACUGGAGCCGCAUUGGCCAAAGCCCUUUGAGCGACGUCACUGCGGUGGUGUGCUGCGAGUUCCGCAAGCCCGGGAGUCCGGCGCUGAAUCUUCGACGGGAAGGCGACCAGAGCAACGAGAAGAUCACCUUGGCCUGGGAUCCUGUCACAGACAUCGGCAGUUCGUCCUUGAUCUAUUACCGGCUCUACAUGGACGACGGCUACACGGAGAUCUCCAAGAACACGGCCUCCGGCACGACCACCACGGAGUUCUUCGAGUUCUUGACCCCUGGGAAUCCCUACCGCUUCGCCGUGGCCGCCGUGAACGCCGCGGGGGAGGGUCCCCGGAGCGAGCGGAUCACGCUGACGGCAUCGGAUGUGGCGGGGCAACCCUAUGAUGUGGAAGCGACCUUUCAAUCAAGUUAUCGUAUUGAUCUGGCAUGGAAGAAACCUCUUCUCACUGGCGCCUCAGGCAUGAGUGGCUACAAGGUGUGGGUGGAUGAUGGCAAUGGAGGCAACAUCAAUAACUUGAUUUGGGAUGGUGGCACCAAAGCCUCGACGCUCUACUACUCCUGGGAACCGGUCUUCUCCGAUGGAUCGGUGGCGCUGCUCGCGGGGCAUACGUACCGCUUUCAGGUUCAAAGUGUGAAUCCCACCGGCGACGGUGCCAAAUCCAAUCUCUUCUCCAUCGUGGCUGCUGCGAAGCCUGACUCACCCGGCAGACCAACGGUUGACAGGGCCGCCACAUCAUCUGCUGCGGUGCACCUGUCAUGGACGGCACCUUACAAUGGUGGCUCACCGAUCUUGGGAUACAUCGUGGAAAGAAAGGACUCUCCCACAGCAGCUUGGACAUCACUGACCACGGCAGCAGAUUCUUACACCUCUACCACUUAUGUGGAUAGCUACAAUCUGGCAGCGAACUCCUUCUAUAUCUAUCGAGUUUCGGCCUUUAACUUGGUGGCGGUGGGCGAUACGAUGUAUUCUCCUGAAGCGACGAUCCCAGCCGCCGCGGUGCCCAGUGCUCCCACCGUGAGCUUCGUGACCUCCACGGAGACGACCAUCACCGUGUCCUGGGAUAUCCCUUUGUCCGAUCUGACGGUCACCGGAUUCAGACUCUUUGCAGACAAUGUCUUGAAGUACGAUGGUGCUGGAGUAAGCACCGUCCGAACCUUUACUUUGGCUGGAUGCAGCACAGGCAACAUGCAUGACUUCCGUGCAACGGCCAUUAGUGAUGCGGGUGAGUCUGGCUACUCUGCAUCUUUGCCAAGAUAUUGUGCCAGGCGGCCAUAUCCACCAGCGCAGCCAACGUUAAAGUCGACGACCCUGAGCAUUGUGGAGAUCCAGUGGAUGGCCCCUAGCAACAAUGGUGGUAUGCCAAUCUCAGGAUAUAAGGUGCAGAGAGCAAAUCACGACACCUAUUUUUUUGGGACAGUUCAAUGCCUCCAGACGGACAAUACAUAUUUGACAAUUCUGCCAGAGAAUCAACAUUCUUGCUUGGAUGACACCGCAUUCCUCUGUCCUUCUCGGAAGUGCAAAUACCGUGUCUUGGCCAUCAAUGGCGUGGAGGACGACAACUUCGCAGAUGUGUCGCCCUACUUGGUGGCGACGGCCGCCAACCUGCCGAUUCCACCCUCCACAGUGACUCGUGAUGAUCCUCCCAGCACGAAGACAGCAAUUGAGGUUCAGUGGCCUCCAGUGACCUCAGAGGCAGAUACAGGUGGAGCAUUAGUCAUUGGUUAUCGAGUUUAUGCGAACACUGGUAUUGAUGAUAGCCUUUCCUUGGUCUUCGAUGGAUCUGGUAGCCCAUCUGUACGUUCCUUCAAGCACACCGGCUUGACUCCUGGCAGGCGUUAUUGGUAUCAGGUAAGCUCUGUGAGUAGCGUUGGGGAAGGCACUCGGAGCGGCAUCUUCACCUUUCUCGCAGCUGAACCACCAACUGCUCCUUUGCAACCUCGCUUUGUGACUGCAGGCUUUGGAUCCAUUACGAUUGGACUUGAUCCACCACCAUCGGAUGGUGGCUCUCCAAUUGUGCGCUAUGCCAUCUACCACAACGAUGGCACGGUGAACGGAUUGCUGAGUACGCAAGUCUUGGUUUGUGACAUGUCCCGAACCGAGUUCGCUGUGCCCAACCUUUUGCUUGGGCGAGAUUACCAGAUUCAGAUUCAGGCGCAUGCAGACUGCCCCACCGGCACUGGCUCUUCGCUGCAUGAGUAUGAUGCUUCUGGUCUGUGUGUGAACGAUGCUGACUGUACACUACCAGGUGACCGAAGUGAUAUUGCUCUCUACACAGCAACGGAUGUGCCUGAUGUGGUUGCACUUGCUAAGGUUGAUGGGACCCAGACACGCACCGCUGUGACAUUUCGAUGGGCGGCACCCGGCAAUGAUGGCGGUAGUCCAAUUACAAGUUACGAACCAUACAGAGAUGAUGGUUUAGGUGGUGACUUUGUGCGGGUUGAUGUACUUCCGACCAACUACUUCGAGCCAGAUACAGCCCUCUCCGUGACGGGUAACGAGUAUAAGUACUCGGGCCUGGUGACGGGCCGACGCUACAACUUCUUCAUGGCGGCCUGCAACAAGCGUGGAUGUCGCAGUGGGUCGAUCUACGGACCCCUCACGGCCGCAGCCCCACCGAAUCAGCCAGAUCCACCCAUGACGACCGGCACGUCGGCCAGUCCUCCAGCGAUCAAUUUCACGUGGACUCCUCCAGAGAAUGGUGGAAUGCCCAUCCUGAAGACCGUGAUCGAGAGAGAUGAUGGCCAGGACGAUCUCUUCACGGUGCUGGCGGAGGUGGACGCACCGGACUUCACGUAUUCAGACAUGACAGUGACAGCUGGACUCACUUACCGCUACAGGAUUCAGAUCCAGCACGAGCAGUCAUCCAGCGAGUUCAGCAAUUUGGCCACUUUUGUAGCAGCAGGCUUGCCAUCCCAACCGGAUGCUGUCACGUUGGUCUCACAGUCAACGACCAAUAUUUCAGUGUCAUGGACGACACCUGCUUCCAAUGGUGCUGACAUCUUCCAGUUUAUCCUUCGGCGGGAUGAUGGUUUGGGCUCGACGCUGACGCAGAUCUACCGUGCAGUCGUAGCCUUAGUUUCGCGACAACAACACCCGGACACGAAGUUCUUGAGCUAUAAGAGGGAUGUGGGGCUCAAGCGCCGCAAGCUAUGGAGCUUGGAAAUACGCUUGCCGAUCAUGGCCAAGCUUUUCAACUACAGCGACAAAAAGUGGUAUUACAUCUCCGGUGAUUGCGCGAACUAUGCAAGCCUUUUCAUCAACUGCUUCGAGCAGGAUAGGAACGAUUUGGACUCUGAAGUCUCAAAUGCCUUCAGUGGUCCUGCUUCAGUGAAGCCAGAAGUGCUGGUUGGAGAAGUGCUGGUCACAUUGGACGAUGCCAGAUUGAGCUGUGUGGAUCAAGGGCUCGGAGUGUACAAAUGCUCUUACCUCAUUACAGAGGCACAGACCCUGAGUGUGAUCCUGCGGGUGAACGGCCAACCUGUGAACCCAGUGUCACCACAUACUUUUGCGUUGGUCAUCAACCCAAAGCCUAUUGACUCCACGAGCGGCGUGAGCUAUGUCUACGCCUUCACGACAUUCUUUCCAGAGAUCAGAAGAAGCACGGACAACAGCGUGAUUUUUCAGGUCAGAGAUGAAUUUGGAAAUGAUGUCCCGGAUCAAGGCAACAACUUCAUGUUCUGUGAAGCUGAUGGACCAGAGCAAAAGACCACGCCCUUCCGACCCCCCUUGGAUGCCGUGCGCUAUGCUCCUGGACUCUUCCGGGUGAAUCUCAAGCUGGAGACCACGGGGGUGCACAAGGUGAAUUGCUAUGCCCUGAACAAAGGCGGCAUCAAUGCCAGGUAUUUCAACAAUCGCUGGGUGGAGGGGGUUCCCGCCAUCUCGCAGGUCCCGACCGCCGCCAAUUAUACCUUUUACAUUACUUGUGACGAUGGAGCAAAUCUUUGGAUUGAUGAUGAGUUGGUUUUGAGCCAAGCGAGCGCAGGGCAGUUUCAAACCAGGCCGAUUUUGUUGACCGGAGCUCGUUUGUAUCACCUCCAAGUGAUGUAUUACGAGCGGACGGGCUUCGCGCGCAUGCGCUUGGAAUGGUCCAGCGACCAGGGACUGGUCCGCGAAGUCAUCGGGAAGGACUCCUGGUUUCAUUCACGUUACCUGGCGGGUGUCACCGUGGAUGCGCUGGUGCAGUUACGGGACCAAUUCGGGAACAACCGCACCAGCAGCAGCACUAGCUUACUCUUUCAGGGCCGCUUUGGACCCAGUACAUUGGCCUAUACAGAUCACAAUGAUGGGACAGUGACGGUCAAGGUGGGCACGCACUUGGCUGGGCAACAUCCGCUCCAGAUAACAUUGGCUGGAGUUCAGAUUUCCAACACACCAACACCAGAGAUCCCAGUCAAUAGCUCGCUUGCAAAGUAUGAUGGGACAGACUGUGCCAUUCCUGCCCAAGUUACCGCCGGAAUUCAAUCGUUGUUCCAAUGCUUUCCCCGAGACACCUUUGGCAACAAAGUUGUGGACAACGACAUUUUUAUCGAGGCGGAGUUUGUGAACAUGGAUGACUCCAGCGCACCAGUGGUGACCGUUGCGGGGACCUACAGUCUUGUGGACGACAACUACGAUUUCCCACUUCAGAUCAACAAAGUUGGAGCGUACUCUGUGGUUACGCAGCUUUGGGCGCGUGGUGGUUUGAUCGGCCGCUACUAUCGAACUCCAGGCUUCCAGAGCCUGGUGUCGCUGCUGACCGACCGACCACAUCAGGGCUUGGCGCUCUUUGAGUACACACGAGUGGAUCCUCAGCUGAACAUCAUUUGGCCAGAGAGUCCAGUAGCUACAUGCCCAGAGGAUUAUUACUCGGUGCAUUGGCACGGCUACUUGCUGCCAAAGGCCACUGGAUUGCACAACAUUCGAAUUGAAGCAGACAGAGGUGCCCGAGUCAUGGUGGGUUCUGCAUGGGUCAUUGACGAGAUCGCUUCAGACACCGCAGUUCGUGCAUCUGCACAAGUGAGUGCAUCCCAGACGGUUCUGUUUUGGUCGCUACUGUAG